AUGAUAUCACUACGGAUCCUAUCGCAGCCUUGCCGAAUUCGUACACGCUUUUGCUGGUCUGGAAACAAUGCCCGUAUCGGCGGCGCCUUGUCACUUUGCAAAGGGCUCUCGUCCAGCGCCAGGGCUGCCAUAGCCUCACAAGAGCCACCGCACGAGUACCGCCCAAAGUAUCGGUGGAUUGAUGGGACGGAAGAUCUCGAAAGAUACACCGUCGGCGGCUAUCAUCCGGUGAUGAUAGGAGAUGUUUUCAACGAGCGCUAUCAAAUCGUUGACAAGCUUGGGUGGGGGGGUUACUCUACCGUCUGGAUUACACGGGACCUGCAACGUGAUACUUAUGUUGCUCUUAAAAUCGGCGUGGCUGAAUCGAGGGGGGAGGAGACCAGCGUUUUGAAGAUUCUUUCAAACCCUCAAUCCGAUAUGCUGCUGGAUCCUGUCACCUCGUCCGGAUGGAAUGCCAUUCCUCGACUGUUGGACGAAUUUACCAUACACGGCCCUAACGGAGAGCACCGCAGCUACACGACUGCUCUGGCGGAAGCUAAUCUGAUGUCCGUCUUGGCAGGGUCCAUGUUUAGGCUUGAGGUAGCCAGAGCUUUGUCAGUUAAGCUUGUGUCGGCUAUCGCCUACAUGCAUGGGCGAGGCUAUAUCCAUGGAGAUAUACAUCUCGGUAAUGUGAUGCUUCGGCUUACAUCCCACCUAGACCAGCUGUCUGUCGCGCAAUUCUAUGAGAAAUACAAGGAGCCCGAGACCGAUUUGGUUUCUCGCUUUGACGGCGGUCCAUUGCCACCCAAUGUCCCUAAGAAAGUUGUGCACCCACUCUACCUUGGUAAGACUGCCGUCAAAGUAUCUCUCGAGGAGACGAACCUGCUUCUCGUCGACUUUGGUGAGGCAUUUGCGCCUAAGUCAAUCACGCGGCCUUGCGAAGACUGUCGAUCACAUGUGGAUGCCCGCCCCCCAGAAACAUAUUUCGAGCCAUCAUUGCCGCUGUCUUUCUCGGCUGAUAUCUGGUGUCUUGGUCUUACUAUCUGGAAUAUCUUCAGUAUCAGGCCCCUAUUCGGUACCAUUUUCUACGAUUUCUCCGCGAUAAUUCCCCAGCACGUGGAAGUUUUAGGGCCAUUGCCAGACCGCUGGUGGUCGCGCUGGGAUGAGCGGUCUAAAUACUUCGAUGACAAGGGAAACUCAAUUCAAGGAAAAACGGGGUUUGCGCCACUUGACGAGACGUUCGAUGAAACGGUGCAAAAAUAUCGAAAAGAGCAAGAGUUGGAUUUAUUCUCAGACGAGGAAAAGACAGCGUUUGUGCAUCUUGUGCGUCGCCUGCUUUCACAAGAUCCGCAACUACGUCCUAGCGCCGCUGAGGUACUCAAGUCUGACUGGGUUGUAAACUAUGCCAUGAAAGAUUUUGAGAGGUGCCACGGGGGACGAUCACACAGCCCCGACGCCUCAGAGGCCGAGUCCGAGAGCGACUGGAUCACGCUCAACAUCUCCCACCGGCAGGCGACAUGCGACCUGCAGUUCCCCCCCGACGCUACCGUCGUCCAGCUUUUUGAAGAACUCGAGGCGACACUCAACAUCCCCGUCGCCAACCAAAAGAUCCUCGUGCCCAAGGGCCCGCUGCUCAAGGUGCCCUUGAAGAACCCCGACAUGGCCCUCGCCGAGCUCCAGGGCAAGACGCUCAAGCUCCUGGGCUCUGCCUCGUCCGAUGUGCAGGCCGUGCAGCGCAUGUGCGAGCGGGUCGAGCGGGUCGAGCAGGUCAAGCAGCGCCGCGUCGGGGGCUUUUCACAGCUCUUUGGUGGACAGGGUGUUAAGGUCCGCCCGCACAAGAAGCAACCCCCGCGCGCAGACGAAACCCAAUACACGUUCUUGCAAGUCCAGCCGCUGCAGGGCCUGCCGCGGCCGGAGCGGAGCCUGGCACUGCUCAUGCGCCUCAAGGCAGACCCCGGCAUCAAGGCGACGAUGAAGAAGCGCAAGUACACGGUCGCGCUGCUGACCGAGAUGGAGCCGCUGGCCAACACCCAGUCGACGCAUGAGGGCACGUCGCGCAUCCUCGGGCUCAAUCGCAACAAGGGCGAGGUGAUUGAGCUGCGGCUGCGGACCGACGCGCACGACGGCUACCGCGACUACAAGACGAUCCGCAAGACGCUAUGCCACGAGCUCGCGCACAACAUUCACAGCGACCACGACCGCGCCUUUUGGGACCUCUGCCACACGAUUGAGCGCGAGGUCGAUGCGGCGGACUGGAAGACGGGCGGCCGCACCAUCGGCGAGACGUCACGAUACGUCGUCUCUGGGCAGGAAGCGUACGAGGAGGAGGAGGAGGAAGACGGCGGCGGCUGGACGGGCGGCGAGUUUGUCCUCGGCGGGGUCGCGGUGGCGGCGGGUGGUGGCGGCAUCACGGCCGGUCUGAGCAGGCGCGAGGUCCUCGCGCAGGCGGCGCUGGAGAGACAGCGCAACGAAACGCAAGAGGAAGCCAAGGCCGUAGAGGCGGCGGAGAAGGGAUGGCGGCCAUGCCAAAAACAGCAGCCGAGUGACGAAUCUCAGGAAUGA